UCCAUACACCAUCCCAACACAGCACCAUCCUGCUUGUGAUGUCACAUUGCUGUUGUGACAUCUGGAUUGAAUAAACCUGCAAGGGCAAAAAAAGAGGAAGAAAUAUUUGGGUUUUUUUUUUUUUCACUAUGGGACAGCUCUCCUCGUAAAAGCCCUAUGUUUAAAAAAAAAGGACUAAUGAUUUCCAGGAUGAACAAGAUGGGAUUUGGACAGAACUUCCCACAACUGGCCACAGAUCAGCAACUGGGAAAGAGGGGAAGCUUUGUUUCACGAACCAGAUCCAGUCUGAAUUUACCACCACUGGUUGUGUAUCAGAAACUAGCCACCUACGAUGGGAAGGAUGACAUAAACCGGGUAUUUUUAAAGCUUUCUGCCCUUUAUAGCAAUUUGAAAGACCCGCUAAAGGAGAUGCUGCUUCGGUGUGAUUGUGAAGAUCAAGGAAAACGUUUUAAAGUCUCCUACUUUGACGUGUUUGCAAAGAAUGAGCUACCUCGGGAUGUAUAUUCUUCACCAUCACCAGAUCACAUGCCUCCAGGAAAAAGAUUUUUUUCCAACAAGGCUGCCAAAGAACAUGCAGCCCUAGGAGCGUACAAACAGGGUGCUCCAAUGGCAACUAUAGUUGCAAGAUGGACACCAAAGAGCAUGUCAACACAGUAUGACCAGAAAUCAGUUCUGCAAGAGCUUGUGAAAUUUGGUGAGAUUGAAUCAGUGGUCCCUUUCGGAAGACAAACAGUGAUUAUCGUAUUCAAAGAGGUCAGCUCAGCAUGUAAAGCAAUGAGUGCUUUCCCACCUAAUGGGCCAGAAAGAAGUAUGCGAUGUUUUUGGCAUCACAAGUUCAUGUCCAAAUAUGUCACACCCAAAUUCCGAAAGACAAAAAACUCUGCAACUUUAGUAACUUUGUGA